AUGCGCAGUGUGGUGCUUCUCAUUACAGAAUUGGCCGUGUUCCUGCAUCUCACGGAGGUGACUCCAGGUCUGUCCUGCACUUUCACACAACUUCCUCCUUCUGCAGUGACAAAAACAUCACAAGCAAAUAGAAAAAGCGGAAUUGAUAUCGAAAGUUGCCUGAAAUUCUGCUUCGAGAGCUCAAACUGUGCUGACGUCACGUUUUUUUCUAGUUCGGGGGAUUGCAUCGUUGAUGUUCUUGGAGGGACUACUUCGAGCGUGGAAGCAGUCUACACUUUUGGUGGGAAAGUUUACCAGCUUGAUCGAACCGUGGUGAACAUGAGCUGCCCAGCGAUGGAACAGUGGCUGAAGAACGGACCAAUCAACUAA